CCUGCAGCCGCCGCCUGGGCGCGCGGCCGUCACGUGGCGCGCCCGCCCCGCCCCGCGCCGGGGCCGGGCCGUGGUCAGCGGCGGGCGCACAUGCGUGGACGCGAGCGCGCGGAGAGCCCCGUGCCAUGGACCCGAGGUGGCCGCCCUGCCCUCGCCCGCUGCUGGGAGGCUGCGCCCUGCUGCUCCUGGCCACCGCGGCCCUGCUGGCACACACGCGCCUCGAUGACUUCACCGAGAACCCGCGAGAGCUCCGCAGCCUCUCCGGGGACCUGGGGGACCAGGCCAGCGCCCGGCAGCCGGGGCCCCCCAGCCCCAGGGCCCCGCCCAGCCCGCAGCAGUGCGAGGUGGCCCCCAGCAGCCGCUUCGACUGCGCGCCCGACAGGGGCGUCUCGGAGCAGCAGUGCAGGGAGCGGGGCUGCUGCUACCAGCCCGCGGGCCCGCCCAGGGGCGCCCGCCUGGGCCAGCCCUGGUGCUUCUUCCCGGCCGGCUACUGCAGCUACAAGCUGGAGAACCUCACGGCCACGGCCACCGGCUACUCGGCCGUGCUCACGCGCCCCUGCGCCUCCUUCCUCCCCAAGGACGUCAUGACCUUGCAGCUGGACGUGCUCAUCGAGACCAAGAGCCGCCUGCGCCUCACGAUCAGAGACCCCAAGAACAGGCGCUAUGAGGUGCCCUUGAGGACCCCCCAAGUCCACACACAGGCAGAGAACCCCCUCUACGAGGUGGAGUUGUCCCGAGACCCCUUUGGGGUGAUCGUCCGCCGGUCGGGGAACCACCGGGUGCUGCUCAACACCACGGUGGCCCCACUCAUCUUUGCUGACCAGUACCUGCAGCUGUCCACCUCCCUGCCGUCACAGUACGUCGUGGGCCUGGCUGAGCACCUGGGCCCCCUGAUCCUCAGCACUGACUGGACCAGGGUCACUCUGUGGAACCGGGACAAGGCCCCCACGCUCAACGAGAACCUGUACGGCUCGCACCCCUUCUACAUGGUGCUGGAGGCGGGCGGGCUCGCCCACGGGGUCUUCCUGCUCAACAGCAACGCCAUGGACGUGGUCCUGCAGCCGAGCCCGGCACUCAGCUGGCGGUCGACGGGAGGGAUCCUGGACAUGUAUGUCUUCCUGGGCCCCGAACCCAAGAGCGUGGUGCGGCAGUACCUGGACAUCGUGGGCUUCCCGCUCAUGCCGCCCUACUGGGGCCUGGGCUUCCACCUCUGCCGCUGGGGCUACACGUCCGCCAACGUGACCCUCCAGGUGGUGGCCAACAUGACCAGCGCCCGCUUCCCCCUGGACACCCAGUGGAACGACCUGGACUACACGGACGGCGGCAGGGACUUCACCUUCGACCCGCGGAGCUUCGGCGACAUGCCGGCCAUGGUGCAGGAGCUGCACGCGAGCGGCCGCCGCUACGUGAUGCUGGUGGACGCUGCCAUUAGUUCUGAGCACCCGGGGAGCUACCGGCCCUACGACGAGGGGCUCCGGAGGGGCGUCUUCAUCACCAACGACACGGAGCAGCCGCUCGUUGGCAAGGUGUGGCCGGGGCUCACUGUCUUCCCCGACUUCACCAACCCGGCCGCUGUCAGCUGGUGGGAGGACAUGGUGACCGAGUUCCACGCCCAGGUGCCCUUCGACGGCAUGUGGAUUGACAUGAACGAGCCGUCCAACUUUCUGGCGGGCUCUGUGAACGGCUGCCCGAACAAUGAACUGGAGAACCCGCCCUACGUGCCUGGGGUUGCUGGCGGCACCCUGCGGGCCGCCACCAUCUGUGCCUCCAGCCACCAGUUCCUGUCCUCGCACUACAACCUGCACAACCUGUACGGCCUGAGUGAAGCCAUGGCAUCCCACAGUGCGCUGGUGAAGGUUCGGAGGAAGCGCCCCUUCGUGAUCUCGCGCUCAACGUUCGCCGGCCAUGGCCACUAUGCCGGCCACUGGACAGGGGACGUGUGGAGCACGUGGGAGCAGCUCGCUUACUCCAUCCCUGGUGUCCUGCUGUUCAACCUCCUGGGGGUGCCCCUGGUCGGGGCGGACAUCUGCGGCUUCCAAGGAGACACCACCGAGGAGCUGUGCGUGCGCUGGACGCAGCUGGGCGCCUUCUACCCCUUCAUGCGCAACCACAACAGCCGCACCAGCUCGCCGCAGGAGCCCUACCGGUUCAGCGACGAGGCGCAGCGGGCCAUGCGGAAGGCCCUGAGCCUGCGCUACGCGCUGCUGCCCCACCUCUACACGCUCUUCCACCGCGCGCACGUCGACGGCGCCACCGUGGCCCGGCCCCUCUUCCUGGAGUUUCCCCAGGAUCCCCGCACCUGGACCGUGGACCGCCAGCUCAUGUGGGGGGAGGCUCUGCUUGUCACCCCUGUGCUGGACCCCGGGAGGACGGAGGUCACUGGUUACUUCCCAGCCGGCAAGUGGUACGAGCUGCACUCGGUGCCUCUAGACGCCAUGGGCAGCCUCCCGUCUCAGCCUACAGCAGCCCGUGUGUCUGCCAUCGCCAGCCAGGGGCAAUGGGUGACGCUGCCAGCACCCCUGGACACCAUCAAUGUCCACCUUCGGGAGGGACAUAUCAUUCCCCUGCAGGGUCCCGGCCUCACCACGACAGAGACGCGGCAGCAGCCCAUGGCCCUGGUCGUGGGCCUCACCGCGAGUGGGGACGCCCAAGGAGAGCUGUACUGGGACGACGGGGACAGCCUGGGGGUGCUGGAGGCCGGGGCUUACACACUGGUGGGCUUCUGGGCCAGGAAGAACACGGUCGGGAACGAGCCGGUGCGGGUGAGCAGUGAGGGGGCCGGUCUGCAGCUGGACAAGGUCCUGGUCCUGGGCGUGCCUGAGGCCCCACGGCAGGUGCUGUCCGACGGCGUGCCCGUCUCCAGCUUCAUCUACAACCCGGACACCCAGACCCUGCAGGUACCAGUGACCCUGGCCGUGGGGACGAAGUUUCUCAUCAGCUGGGACUGAGGCCUGGCUGUGCAGCCCGGCGGGGCCUCACUCUGUCUACCUCGGGGGGCCCCUCCCCCAGGCCCACCUGCUGUUAAGGUGCUGGGAGGGGCAAGGCCGGCACACGGCCAGGCCCCCACACCCGCCCCUGGCUCCACACCCGCCCCUGGCCCCACAUCCGCCCCUGGGACAGGGGUGUCCCUGCCCCCCCCCCGGCCACGCGGUUUGGACACUGAGGACAAGGGAGCCAGUGGCCAGAGCAGAUGCCCUGGGCAGGGGCCCGACCUCAGCAAGGCCCAGGGCCAUGAACUUUCUUCUCCAGUGAAACUAUUUUGAAUAAACAAACAUCCCAAUCCAG